CUCCGCCCCAUACCAAGCCCCGCCCCGCACGCCGCUAGCACCGCCCCGGGGCCAGACAGCCCUACCCGCCUCCCGCCCCGCGCAGGCGCCCUAAGCCCCACGUCCGGCCCGCCAGACCUCCGAGGCCGGCCUUCUGCGCAGGCGCGCUGGGCCCGCGCGCGCGGAACUGUCAACAUGGUCCCGCCGCCGCCGCCACUGUCGCCUCCGCUCUGCACGCUGCCUCCGGGCCCGGGGCCUCCCCGCUUCGUGUGCUACUGCGAGCCGGAGGGUAGCGGGGCCGGGGAUCGUGGCGUCUUCCACCUCCACGUGACGGACGGCGUGGAGCUCUGGAGCGCCCGCCUCCCGCAGGACAGCGAGGCCGCGCGCAAAGCCUGCAGCGGCCUGGGUGUGCACGAGGACCUCGCCGCGCGGUUCAGGACCGCCUGCCAGCAGCAAGCCGUCGCCCUGAGCCUGCAGGAGGACAGCGCCUCCCUGACCCUCUCUGGGCCUCUCCCGACGCUGACCUUUGACCUCUCCAAGGUGCCCGGCCCUGAGGCAGUCCCCAGGCUGCAGGCGCUGACCCUGGACCUGGCACAGCGCGUGUGCAGCCUGGAACAGCGCCUGGCAGCUGUGGAAGAGACAGCUGCCAGUCCCAGGAAGAGCCCCCGGCCGGCAGGGCCUCCGCUCUUCUUACCAGACUCCGAUCCCCAGCGAGGCGGCGGCCCUGGAGCUGGGGUCAGGAGACGCUGUCCUGGGGAGUCCCUCAUCAACCCUGGCUUCAAGAGCAAGAAACCGGCCGGUGGCGUGGACUUUGACGAGCCCUGAAGGAACAGCAGGACACUAGGCCUUUCAAGGAGUCUGCGUGGGAGGGGACACGGCCCGCGGGACCCACUUACUGUGCUGCUGCUCCCCUGUCCUUCCUAGCCAUCUAAUAAACGGCCCUCAGGUCGAG